AUGGGUAGAUGGAGAAAUGGAAUAGGACCAAAUAUUGAUGAACACGUAAAGAAAAAUGUUGCCCUUGCUGAACAUAUGUUGCCUGAACCGUAUGGUGGGGGCAGGGUUGUUGUCCACACAUCCCAUGGAGCCUUGCGUGUUGAUCUCGGUGCAUACACAUGUAGUUGUGCAGCUUGGCAAAUGUCGAGGAUCCCUUGUCCACAUGCUUGUAUAGCCAUAAAGUCCAUGCAUGGAAAUGUCUAUGACUUUGUUGAAAAUUACUACAAGAUCACAUCCCAAGAAAAGAUUUACUCCCGCUGCAUGAUACCAGUGGUCCCCAUUGACAGGCCUGACCCAAAUACCAUUUUGAUGGAAAAUAUUUCAGAGCAAAUUUUUCUGUUCCCACCUCAGACUAGUCGACCUGCUGGAAGGCCAAGAGCUAACAGACGCGAAUCACAAUUCUAG